AUACAGCGCCGAAAUUGCAUGUUUACCUCCAGCCAGCAGCUUGCGGUCAUGUACUUGUAAUUACACAGGAAGUUGUUCAAGAAGGAUACAGAACUGAGCGUGAGAAAUUUUACUCCACGGUAAAACUCAUUCCUCGCCCCCUGUCCCCCCCGAGCCAUGUCAGAAGAUGGCGAUUCCGCAUUCUCGCACAAAAUAAAUCACAAUGGCGAUUUCGUGUCUCCCGACGGACUGUGCUGGGUGUCUGUUCUGUCCUGCUUGCUUCUUGCCUGCUCUUACGUCGGAAGUUUGUACGUGUGGCGCAGCGACCUGCCCAGGGAUCACCCGGCUGUGAUAAAGAGGCGUUUCACCAGUGUGCUCAUCGUCUCGGCGCUGUCGCCGGCCUUCGUGUGGGCAUGGAAGGAGAUCACCGGCGUGAGGCCUGGGCCCUCCCUGCUGUCACUGAUGGGAAUACGGCUGGAGGGCAUCGUGCCAGCUGCCACUCUGCCGCUGCUGCUCACCAUGGUGCUGUUCCUGGGUCCCCUGGUCCACCUAGCCAUGGACUGCCCCUGGGGUUUCCUAGAUGGAAUCAAAGUGGGAAUUGACCCGUCGUUCUGGGCUCUGUGUGUGAGUGACAUGCGGAUUCUGAGGAACCAGGUGGUGGCGCCGCUGACGGAGGAGCUGGUGUUCCGGGCCAGCAUGCUGCCCAUGCUGGUGCCCUGCACCGGUCCCGGAGCUGCCAUCUUCACCUGCCCGCUCUUCUUCGGAGUGGCCCACUUCCACCAUGUGAUUGAGCUGCUGCGCUUCAGACAAGGCAGUGUGUCCAGCAUCUUUCUGUCUGCAGCAUUCCAGUUCUCCUACACUGCGGUUUUUGGAGCCUACACUGCCUUCAUCUUCAUCAGAACAGGUCACCUGCUGGGCCCGGUGCUGUGUCACUCCUUCUGUAACUACAUGGGUUUCCCGGCAGUGAGCACGGCCCUGGAUCACCCCCAGCGCCUGUCCCUGCUGUGCUUCUACCUGCUGGGGCUGCUGCUCUUUCUGCUGCUGCUCUUCCCCAUGACCGACCCCCAGCUGUACAGCGGCCUCCCACCGGUCUGCAGCCUGGCACCCAGCCCCGGCUCUGUGUGCUCCUGACUCAACACAUACUCACAUUUUCACAUGCCUACACAAAAAUAUACACACACACACGCACGCACGCAC